AUGUCCUCGUCGUUCUCGUACCAAAACUGCGUUGCUGAGGUUGACGAGUACCUCUCUGCUGCUUCGGUGAGUGAUGACGAACCGGGACUAGCGUUUCAAUGGGACGAGAACGCACUCGUGCAAUUCGUGGCGGCAGCAAAUCAAGUGGAUACUAGCGUGGCCAUGUCCAGUUGGUUAUCGCAGCCUCGUGGCAGUGUCACGUCGGACUCGAUCGUUGAAGACAUGAUGGCGUUCUUGGCGACCAAAGCGGGUGGCCGGUUCGGCCGCGUGCUCCUGGCCCCUAAUAGCGUCGUCCAGUUUGGCCAGCUCUGUGGCAUGUUUGCGUACAUUGAAAACGACGUGUUUAUGCGCGCAGCAGCGGAUGCAGCCGGCAUGAGUGCCGGCACGCCUCUGGCCAAGAUCUUUUGCGUGACGACGUGCGCCGUAUCGACUGCUGUACCGAUGGAAUUUCCUUCGCGUGAGAACCCGAGUCGACGUCUAUUUGCAUGA